AUGACUGCUGGUUCAAUAUCUGCUCCGUCAAUAAUUCCAUUACGUGUUGGAUAUACACAAAAAUCUUCCAUUGAUACAAAUACAUUGAUUGCAAUACGUAGUGAUACAAAUGAUGUUGAUAUUUAUUAUACAUUAGAUGGUUCAAAACCAGAUGCAUUUAUAACAUUAGCAACACGACAAUCAAUGCGUCGUUCAACAAUUAAUUCAUUAGUACAAGAAAAUCCAACUAAUUAUACAUAUUCAAAUUCUCAAAUACAAACAAAUGUUUUAAGAUGUGCACAUUGUUUUGCACCGAAAUCAAAUGAUUUAUAUACACGAUUUUGUACGGAAUGUGGUCUACCUUGGCAAAAACUAACUCAUAAUCCACCGGAUAAUUAUUCACCUAAUAUAUGUACAAAUUGUAAAUCUACUAUUCCAUUUAAUUCUAACACAUGUGUUGUAUGUGAAACACCAGUAUCCAAAGAACCACAACAGCGACGAACUUCUCAAAAUCAGGUUUCAAAAAAAUUAAUCAAAUUUUAA